GAGACGUUCUCUUGCUUUCGGACGGCUGCUGGACGCGGAUCCAGCGGGUUUCGGUGCAUCGAAGACCAGAUUGUGCACCGUCGCGGCGAAAAUCUUGUGAGCUGCGCGGAGCGAUAUGGCUCGCCCUGCAGAGGAUCCCAAAGAUGUCUCGGCGACUCGGGUACCGAAAGUCAUGUACCUGGUGUUCAUUUCCCUGAUCAUGGACUUGCUCGGCUUCACCAUGAUCCUCCCUCUACUCCCCUCACUCUUGGAUCACUAUCGGAAGCAAGACAGCGUCCUAUACUCCUGGCUUGAAAACGUAGCCGAAGCCUGGAGGAGCAACUUCCUCGUGAGCACAACCGCUAAUGACGUCAGCAAUAUCGUUCUCAUCGGCGGUUUGCUCGGUUCAAUGUUCUCCUUGCUGCAGUUCUUCACUUCACCGAUAAUCGGUGCUCUCUCGGACGUCUACGGCAGGAAACCGCUGCUGCUGCUGUCGAAUCUCGGUUCUCUUGUAUGCUACGGGCUGUGGUCGGUCUCGUAUGGAUUCGAGACGUUUGUUCUGUCGCGAAUUAUGGGAGGGCUGAGUCGCGGGAGUGUAUCUAUCUGCACAGCUGUGGUCGCUGAUGUGUGCUCCACGCAAGCCCGGGCGAAAGGUAUGGCGCUCGUGGGAGCCGCGUUCUCGAUCGGAUUCCUCGUCGGGCCGGUCAUCGGAGCCGUACUCGCGAAAUCAGCCGAUUUCUGGGUCACACCCGCACUCCUAGCGAUCGGUAGCAUCUCGUUGAACAUGAUCGUCGUGCUUGUGUUCUUCACCGAGAGUCUUCCACAAAGCCGUAGAGCGAAAAACAUCAGCAGGACCAUGUCGACCGCGCUGAACUACAUCAACCCGUACGCUCUGCUGACAUUCGCUCCCGUUCAGAAACUCAGCAUCAAAGAUAAAGCCCACCUGACCAUGACCGGAUUCGUUUACUUCUCGUAUCUACUGAUCUACUCAGGCUUGGAAUAUACCUUGUCCUUCUUGACGCACUCCCGGUUCAAUUAUUCGCGCAUGGAUCAAGGUAAAAUGUAUUUCGUGAUAGGCCUCUCGAUGGUGCUCAUCCAAGGAGGUUGCGUCCGGAGGAUUCCUCCCCAUCUUGAGCUGAAAGCCGCUUAUUAUGCAAUCGGAAUUCUUAUCCCUUGUUUCUUCAUCAUCGCCAUCGCACACUCGCCCAUCCUCCUCUACAUCGGGGUCCUCCUUUACGCCCUUUCCACGGCGUUCGUCGUCCCGUGCUUGAGUUCACACGUCUCCCGCAUUGGUUCGCCGACUCAGAAAGGGACAAUAAUAGGUAUCCUGCGAUCCAUCGGAGCUCUCAGCCGCGCACUUGGACCGCUGGUUUUCUCCACGUUAUAUUGGUCGCAGGGUCCGAUUUUAUGCUACGCACUGGGAUCGGUCUUCUUCGUCAUUCCUCUGGGAUGCAUCCGGUGGAAGCUCCUGGGUGAAAGGACAAAGAGUGCGUGAAAAUUCGAGACGUCAUGGAGACGUUCGUGAAACUUUAAUAGAAGAGGUGGCUCCACGCGCAUCGAGUGCGAGAAUCUCCCUCCUCUGAAUCUCUAAUGCCUUACGCCAAACCUACGUAAUGCAUCUUGCAUCUUGCAUCACUCCGAGACUCAGAUGCUACAUCAUGGAGGCAGCUGAACUCAUUAGGGAAGAAUUUGACCGAGUCGACUAAAGCGGAGUUAGGCGACCAAGGCGGAACUGAUUUCGGUUCCUACGUAUCCUCGAUAGCCAUUCGCGAGGGAGCAGCUUUUCUCCGAGGCAACCGGAAUUCUCACUGAAUAAUCGUCGAUCUCGAGGAGUCACGGAGGAUCUAGCGCAAAUAUAUGUAAAUAAAAUGUAAGGAAGUGCCGCGGAUGAUUAUCGA